AUGUCGGAGUUCCUGCAAGCCCCCUCGGUUCAGACGAAACACAAGUUGAAGAGUGAGCCAGUGGCCAGCCUUGAGACGCUCCCGGCUGCGGAGCAGCUCAGAGACCCAGCUCCACCUGCAGCUCCCGCCCCGGGACCAUGCUUGGCUCCUGUGCCUCUCUGGACAACCGUGCUUGGCUCCUGUGCCUCUCUGGACAACCGAACUUGCUUUUGUGCUACAUGGUACAUAGCUUUCAAGCAUUGUAGGGUGUUACUCAAGCUCUUCACAGUCAUCAGUAAGGUUUAUCGUUGUCACCCCUUGACUCUGAAGAAGAAAGAGCUCGUUUGUUUUGAACUCAUCGUGUGUUUUGAUUUCUUCUCCUCGGACUCUGGCUUUCUCUCUUUGGCCACCAACAUCAGCAUGGCAGGAUCCUUUGGCCCUCUGUCUGAUCCCAGAGCAGAAAGGAACAUCUUUGAGGUCGAUCAGCAGCUAUGUUCCCAACUAGUUGUGAGUCAACAACAGUUCCAAGAUCUGAAAGAGAAAUAUCUUACGUCUCAGGCUAUUGCCUACUCCCUCGCCAAGCAGCUGCAAAAAUACAAAUGCGAGGAGAAUAAAGACGUCAUCGAGUCCGUGCUGGGGAAGAAGCUGCAGUGGGAGCAGGAGCCGCGGGCUGAGGAGCGGACAUUAGCUGAGAAGCUGAGGGAAUGCACUAUUUUAAUUCGAAAUCAAGGUCAAAAGCUGAGCCAGUUACGGGAGCAGUUACGGGAAGGGAGACAUAUCUCCAUAUUGCUUAUUGAACACCUUCAGGACCUCCUCAACAACAACUACAAUGACAACCACCAAGGGCAGGACUUCCGAGAGCUGCUGGCUGAGGGGCACAGGCUGGCUGAGCGCCUUGCCCACAAGCUCUGCCCAGAAGUGGAAAACAAACAGAAGAAUAAGAAAAAAGAAGAGCUAGUGGUUUCCAAGCCCCAGGACUUGUGUGACUCCAGCCACUUUUCUAGCCAUCUCGCCUGCUGGUCUGAUGAGUGUGAAGUUGGUUUUACUCAGGAUGGCACCACGCACACCCAGGACACAGACGACCUGAGAAACACCCUAGUAACUUCUCGAAUCCAGCUUGAGAAGAUGAGAAAAGAGGCAGAUGAGCAGAAGGUGGACUGGGAGCAGCUCAAAGAAAAAUUCAAGGAGACGCAGAAGAAGAUCAUGCAUUUCAGGGAUGAGUGCAUGGCCUAUGACCAAGAACUGUGUAGGAGAGAGCCUUCAGAAAAGGAGGACAUGAGUCAAAUCCAGCAGGUCCCAUCAGAUGACCAGAAUAUGACUCCUCCUGAAAAAUGUGAAUCAUCUGAAGCCCACCUGACACUUGACUAUUCUGUUUCCCCAUUUGUUGUUUCCAAAGUCUCCUCUAUUCAAGAUGUGGCCACGCACACCCAGGACACAGAUGACCUGAGAAACACCCUGGUAACUUCUCGAAUCCAGCUUGAGAAGAUGAGAAAAGAGGCAGAUGAGCAGAAGGUGGACUGGGAGCAGCUCAAAGAAAAAGUCAAGGAGACACAGAAGAGCAUGCAUUUCAGGGAUGAGUACAUGGCCUAUGACCAAGAACUGUGCAGGGAAGAGUUGUUGGAAGAGGAGGAUGUGAGUCAAAUCCAGCAGGGCUCAUCAGAUGACCAGAAUAUGACUCCUCCUGAAAAAUGUGAAUCAUCUGAAUCCGACCUGACUCCUGGCUGUUCCAUUUACCCAUCUGCUGUGUCUAAAGUCUCCUGUCUUCAAAAUGGGGCCACAGUAUACACUCAGGAAAUAGAAUGCUGCAUAGAGACUUGGGUCGCUCCAGAACCAGAGCCUCAAGGGCCAGGAAAGGAGGUGGAACUUCAGAAAGUGGAGCGGAUGCAGCUUUCCAAAAAAUUUCAUAAGAUGCAGAGAAAGAUUGCACAGUUUAAGAAUAAAUGCAUAGCCUACCGGAAAGGAUUUGCCAGGUAA